CUUCCCUUUCUGCAAUGACUAAGAAAUGAAUACAGUUUAGGUAAAAUCACUUGCAUCCCCUGGUUUUGAACAAUACAGCUUGACCAUGGCUUUCUUACUGUGUGUGUGCGUGGCACUGUCUAUUGCACAGAGUGCUGAAGAGGGCAGAGUGGGUAUCGUGGGGGGUACAGAAGCAGCACCCCAUUCCCGCCCCUACAUGGUUUCUCUGCAACACAACAAGCGGCAUUUUUGUGGAGGAAUUCUGGUCAGAGAGGAUUUUGUGCUCACGGCUGCCCACUGUAAUAAUUUCAGGCGAUACAGAGUAGUCCUGGGUGCUCACUCCCUACAUUCCCGUGAAUCAACUCAACAGGCGCUGGACAUCAAGCGCUUCUACCCACACCCAAAAUACAACAAGGAAGCCAAUGACAUCAUGCUACUCAAGCUGAAUGGGAAGGCGGAGCUGACUAAAUUUGUCCAGGUGAUCCCUUUGAUGACUCAGCGACUGCCACCAGGCAAGGUGUGCAGCACUGCAGGCUGGGGGGAUGUGGGUGAUAAUGGCACCUUCCCGGACAAACUGCAAGAGGUGAACACCACCAUCAUCGGACAGAAGAAGUGUGCACAACUGUGGAGAGGCAGCGUUAAGAUCACCAGUGGCAUGGUGUGCGCGACAGGCCAGCGCCAAUUCCAAGGCUUUUGUUCGGGGGAUUCAGGAGGUCCACUGGUGUGUGAUGGGAAGGCAGCUGGCACCGUUUCCUUCUCAGGACAGCGUUGUGGAGAUUCCAGGACCCCAGAUGUUUAUAUGAACAUUCCCAGCUACAGGCGAUGGAUCGAAAGCGUCCUUAAACAUGGAUAAUGUUUUUUUUUCAUAUUAUUUGUUAAAAAUUAACUGCUAUUCUAUUUUACUUUUUACGAAAAGUAAGUACAAUAAUCACAACAACUGGUAACAUAUAAUAAGAAAUUGUACAGCACUUUAGUUGAAGGUAGUCAUUUUAAAUGUGCUUUAUAAAUAAAUGUGACUUGACUUGAAAUGACUGAGAAAACUCUUCUUCUGUUUUAAAUAUAUCAGAUUGUUUUGUGACUCUUAUGUCGUCUAUCUUUUAACACCUUGUUUUGUAUUGUCUAACACUUGGAUUGAACAAUAUUGCACAAUAAAAAUGAAAGAAAAACUUGAAAUGACAUUAAA